AUAGAUGACACUUCCCCUUUAACAAGCCAAGCAGUCGAUGCCGGAAGAGAUGGAUUGAAUAUGUUGGACGCUCUGUGAUGGAUUGAGCUGGCCUGGCCAGGAGCUGUGGGUGGGAGGAUCUGGGAGCAGAGGCAGCUGGUGACUACUAGCAGUACAGGAGGCAGGAGCUGCUGCAGACACCAUGGAUUUCAACGUGAAGAAGCUGGCUUCUGAUGCAGGGGUGUUCUUCACCAGAGCUGUGCAGUUUACAGAGGAGAAGUUGGGUUCGGCAGAGAAGACGGAGUUGGACGCUCACUUCGAGAACCUCUUGUCCAGAGCCGACGGUACAAAGAACUGGACCGAGAAGAUCCUACGUCAGACCGAGGUCCUCUUGCAGCCCAACCCCAGUGCUCGAGUAGAAGAGUUUUUAUAUGAAAAAUUGGACCGGAAGAUUCCCUCUCGGGUGACUAAUGGGGAGUUAUUGGGCCAGUACAUGACCGAAGCAGCCAAUGACUUUGGACCCAGCUCUCCUUAUGGGCAAACACUUAUCAAGGUCGGGGAGACGCAGAAACGUCUGGGGAUUGCAGAACGAGACUUCAUCCACUCCUCUUCCAUCAACUUCCUGACUCCUCUGCGCAACUUGGAAGGAGAUUGGAGAACCAUUUCUAAGGAGAGGAGAAUUCUGCAGAACCGUCGCCUGGAUCUAGAUGCCUGUAAAGCACGACUGAAGAAGGCUAAAGCAGCGGAGGCGAAAGCCGCGGCUUUGCCUGAUUUUCAGGAGACCCGACCUCGUAAUUACGUACUGUCGGCCAGUGCGUCAGCGCUUUGGAGUGACGAGGUGGACAAGGCAGAACAUGAACUGCGAGUGGCUCAGACAGAGUUUGACCGUCAGGCAGAAGUGACCAGACUGCUCCUGGAAGGGAUCAGCAGCACUCACGUCAAUCACCUCCGCUGCCUGCAUGAGUUUGCCGAGGCCCAAGCGACAUACUAUGCUCAGUGCUACCAGUAUAUGGUGGACCUGCAGAAACAACUGGGCAGAUUUCCAUCGACGUUUGUGGGGAACGCAGAUGCCAUCGUCCCCUCUCUCAGCACCUCCCCUCCAGCCGCCACUCUCCCCUUGCUCCAAGCCGUAAGUCCCAACCCUGCAGACGGGACCCUGAAUCCAGCAGACGUCAAACCACCUUCAAGUGGCACACGAAAAGCAAAAGUGCUAUACGACUACGAGGCAGCAGACAGCACUGAGCUUCGCCUCAUGGCCGACGAGUUAAUCACGGUGUACAGCCUCCCUGGCAUGGACCCAGACUGGCUCAUUGGAGAGAGGGGGAACCAGAAAGGCAAAGUCCCCGUUACGUACCUGGAACUCCUCAGUUAGACUGAAGGCUGCGGCUGUGCAGAAUCUCUCAACAAGCCAAUCGCCCCUUGGGGCUGCUGCUUCUUCUUCUUGUUUCCCUUUGUCUGUCCUUGCAAAUCCUUUCUUCACCAGUCCCCUUUACUGUGUUUGA